GAGCUGGUGGGGAGUAAUCCUCCUCAAAGAAACUGGAAAGGAAUUGCAAUUGCCUUACUUGUUAUUCUCGUUAUCUGCUCUCUGAUUGUCACCUCUGUUAUACUCCUGACACCAGUUGAAGAUAACAGCCUGUCUCAGAAGAAGAAGAUAACAGUGGAAGAUCUCUUCAGUGAUGAUUUCAAAAUUCAUGACCCAGAGGCUAAAUGGAUAACUGAUACUGAAUUCAUUUAUAGAAACCAGAAUGGCACAGUGAUUCUGAGGAAUGUCGAAACCAACAAUUCAACAAUAUUAAUAGAAAACAAAAAAAUUGUCUCCUUAAAGGCUAUUCGAUAUGAAGUAUCACCUGACCAGGAAUAUGCACUUUUUGCUUUUAAUGUUGAACCAUAUAGAUGUUUUCGUCAUUUUUUACACUGUACAGUUGUACUGCAUUUACGAAUGUAUAUAUCUUAA